AUGGAGAUCGAUAAAGCGAUUUGCGAAAGUGAUGAUACGAGAUUGAAGACAAAGUACAACAAUGCUAUCUAUGUUAUCCAAAGGGCUCUUGCUCUCUACACUGUUGAGGAGGUUGCAUUCAGCUUUAACGGUGGAAAAGAUUCGACCGUUUUGUUGCACCUCCUUCGAGCAGGCUACUAUUUGCAUUGCAAGAAAAUGUUCGCUGAGGAUGAUGGAAGAACAUUUCCAAUACGAACGAUCUAUUUCGAGAGCCCGUCUACUUUCCCUGAAAUCAACUCAUUCACUUAUGGCAUAGCUUCUAUCUACAAUUUGCAGAUGGAUAUAAGUCGUUUAGAUUUCAAGUCGGGCUUGGAGGCUCUUUUUAAAGCCAAACCAAUCAGAGCUAUUUUCCUCGGUGUUCGAAUUGGCGAUCCUACUGCUGUGGGGCAAGAGCAGUUUUCACCAAGCUCACCCGGUUGGCCGACUUUCAUGAGGGUGAAUCCCAUCUUGGACUGGUCAUAUAGGUUUGGCACUGUUGAGGAUCGUAUGGGAUUCGUUCUUCGCAAAAAACUCCAGUCCGUAGGCUGGGCCGUUUCACAUUUUUCUGUUACAAGAAAUGAUGUUGACUCUGUUGCAGAUGAAGUCGAGCAACAAAAGCUUACUAAUGAUGUGGUAUUCAUAUAUGGAGGGGUUGGCCCAUUGCCUUCAGAUGUAACUUUAGCCGGUGUCGCUAAAGCAUUUGGUGUUCGUACGGCCCCCGAUGAAGAAUUCGAAGAAUAUUUGAGGCAUCUGAUUGAGGAAAAAUGCACUGGAGAUAGGAAUGAGAUGGCUCAGUUACCCGAAGGCAUCACCGAAUUGUUGCAUCACGAUAAACUGAGUGUACCUUUAAUCAAGUGCCGAAAUGUCGUAAUUCUAACCUCAACAAAUGCUGCUGAACUGGAAAACGAAUGGAAAUGUUUGACUGAGUUGAUGAGCCCCAACUGGCCUUUAGUAAUUGCAGAACUUUUUUCUUCAAAGAGAGUGGCAAUAUCUCUUUCAGAUGGGAGGCCCUCUAAUCAUCUCGUUUCAAGGAAAGGUAGAUUUUCGGAUAACGAAAGGCUAAGAGCAGCUGAAGAAACAUUCUGCAGGAGGUUUCAUCCACAAGCAGUGUCUGUAGUUGACUAA